AUGGAGGAACAUCAAUUAGUGAUGGAAUAGUUGGAAGGCAUGAAGAAUUUAAAACAAUUGUUUCAUAAAAUGAAGAAUGGAAACAUACGCAUAGUUGAUGGCUUGUCUAUUGUGAUUUAUAAAUUGAUUAGACAAUUUAGACCUUCAAGUUCAGAAUAUUUAGUACUUCUUUAAGAAUUGUUUUAUUUGUCAAUAGAUAUGUAAUUGAUUCACACAAGUGAUGUAAAUAUACACAAAAACAAUAGCAAGUACUCAAAGUUUUGUUAAAGAAAUUUCCUACAUCUGAAAAAGUUUAAAGAUUGAAAGGAUAUUUGUUAGAAGCUAAUGAAGAAGAUGAUAAUGCUUUAGUAGUAUAUGAGAAGAUGUUAUCUGAAAAUUUGAUGGAUCAAAAUACAAGAAAGAGAAAAAUAGCAUUGUAAAGAGUAAUUAAUAAUAAAUAUAUAUUAAAGAGAUAAAAUAAUGUGGAUUAAGCAAUAGCCUUAUUGAAUAGUUUUCUUACUUCAUUUCCCAAUGAUGCUGAGGCAUGGCUUGAAUUAUCAGACAUAUAUUUAGAGCAUUUGAAUUACUCUAAAGCUUAAUUUUGCCUUGAAGAAGUCUUAUUACUUAAUACAUAAGAUUUACAUUUAGCAAUUAAAUUAGCAGAAGUAUAAAUAUGUAUUAUCAUUAAAAGGUCAAUUAUUCCAAUUAAAAUUACACUUAAGCUAAGAACUAUUAUUGUUUUGUCUUAUCCAAAAAUCCAAAUGAACCUAGAUGUUUAUGGGGUCUAUUGUAAGCAUUAAGAAAAAAGAAGAGAGAAGGAAAUGAUAAAGAAUUAGGGACAAUUGUUAUAUAGGCCUUACAGAAAAUCUACAAAUAACAACCAAUCAAAUAUCCAUUUGAAAAAGUAGCCCUUGAAAUACAAUAGUGAGA